AUGCCUCCCACGCGCGCAGCUUCUUCAGCCGAUGCCCAUACAACACCACAAGAUGCGCCAAUGACAACACCGCUCUACGAAUACCCUCCCGAUGGCCAUUUUUACCAAACAUACCCAACCUUCUUCGGCUUCAGCGGCGCUGUGGACCAGUCUCUUCUGGCGUUCUCGCCUUUGUGCCAGACCGACAACAGCGGUCAAUAUGUCUGGGAUCGGUCUCUGGUCGAUGUUGGGGGUCAUUUUCCCCGUGACGCGCCAGCAAUGAUCGGCAGCGAGGGAAACGGAGUACAGGCCCUGGCCUUGUGGGAUCAGAACAAGCGGACAAAUCCACCUAUGAUGAGCGGUGACGCUAUGGCAAUGGCAAGUCCCAUGGCCCAGUAUGUUACAGUGGAAUCAAUGCCGGGAAUCAGUGGUUUCGAACCAUUGCAAUGGCAUCCUCGGCCCAUGGGACAAGUACCAUUGUCGCCCAGUCAGAGCCAGAGCAGCCACUACACGUCGUCACCUUGCAGCGGUCCUAGGCCAAAUUCUUCAAGGAACAAUAGCUACUCAUCCCCACCGACAUUGAGAGCCAAUUCGGUCGCGAUGGCCCAGCUCGACGCGCAAUUCGAAUCCGUGCAAGAACACGCAGCGAGCCCAGGUGACAACCCGCGGGCAAGCACGAAAUUCUCGAGACAGGAAUCUUCGAGUAAAAGCAAGAAAUCUUCGUCUGCGAGACAACAAAAGCUGGAGUCACGGAAAAUGACCAGGAUGGACUCAACGGCAACGGCAGGCUACAACGGGGGCGCCUUGGCAUCCCCAGCUGUCACACCAUCACCAGAGAACAGCAUUAUUGUCAUCCCGGACAGCCCGGCCCCCGAGAGCCAGAUUCUAACUAGCAACGAGGCAGACGCACGCGCGGAGAGGGCUCCGGCGCAGCGGCCACAAAGUGCCGCGUAA